GAUACAGAAUGCCACACGUGUGGUAAGACAGUGUAGCUAAAGUUUACAGUAGUGUGACUUGGCAUUUUUUAUGACAGAUAAUUAAUUUAAUGCCCCACCACGUGUAAUUUUCCGGGGUAGGGAUGGAGGCGCCACCAACUUGCUGUAGUGUUAAGAAGUGAUCAAUUUCUUUGCUCGUGGAUGGGCGCCUCCGCGUAGUCUAACGUAUGGCUCGGGUUUCAUCCGACGCUCCUUCGGCAAAACUAUAAUUUAAUUUGUCUGUGCCUGUCUGCGUGCAUAACCGACUACUCUCCGGUAAUAAAACGCCAAUUAAGGAUCCUAUAUAAGGAUCACAGUGAGCGGUGGACGCUGGUGACGGUUAUUUUUGAGACAUCCGCGUGCGAAGUCUAAUCCACGGUGGAUGUGCCCGCGCGCUAUGUUGUCUUCUAUUUCUUGAUGGCAUUACCCGAGUAUGGCUGUCUAGCAUGGCCGUGGCUCCGGCACCAGCGACCCGUGGACCGCUAUGGCGUUUAGUCCUGUCCUUGCGGACCCCCUGUCCAGGAGCAUCUUUAAGAAAUUCGCGGUCAUGCUGUGCUCGCUCCUCACCACCCUGUACUUUCUGCACAGCCUUACCGACCGCUGCAGCACCAUGCCCUCUCCGGUUCGGGCUUCGGACCAAGUCGCCGGGCUCUUCGCUUCGGAUCUGCACGACCUGCGGUCGGUGAGAAGGAAAAGACUGCUUCAGAAAUGGAUAAGCAAGCCCGGCGCGAUCUACCGCCAGGCGGACAGGCAAGCCACUCGGUACGGAGGCGCGAUGUUCGCAGGCAGCGAGAGUCUCCGCGAGGAGCACGGAGGAGACGACGGCGCGCUACGGGUUGAGCUGUCGCUUCCUGGGUCCGUCUCGAACUUGGAUAUUUUGACGCGGGAUGUGGACAUGAGAACGGGCAGCCCAGGUAAGCUCAGUCCGCUGGGCGAGGGGACCAAGAAGCUGCCUCAAGCCAUUAUCAUCGGCGUGAAGAAGGGAGGGACGCGCGCACUGCUUGAGUUCCUCCGCGUGCAUCCCGACAUCAGGGCCGUCGGAGCGGAGCCGCACUUCUUCGACAGAAACUAUGACAACGGGCUGGAGUGGUACAGGGACCUGAUGCCCAAGACGCUGGAGGGCCAGAUCACCAUGGAGAAAACCCCCAGCUACUUCGUGACCCGCGAGGCUCCGGCGCGGAUCAGCGCCAUGUCCCGCGACACCAAGGUGAUCGUGGUGGUGCGGGACCCCGUGACGCGGGCCAUCUCCGACUACACGCAGACUCUGUCCAAGAAGCCCGACAUUCCCUCCUUCGAGAGCCUCACCUUCAAAAACAGGACUACGGGGCUCAUCGACACGUCCUGGAGCGCCAUCCAGAUCGGCAUCUACGCCAAGCACCUGGACAACUGGCUGCAGUACUUCCCCAUGGAGCAGAUCCUGUUCGUGAGCGGCGAGCGGCUCAUCAGCGACCCCGCCGGAGAGCUGGGCCGCGUGCAGGACUUCCUGGGCCUCAAGCGCAUCAUCACGGACAAACACUUCUACUUCAACCAGACCAAGGGCUUCCCCUGCCUCAAGAAGGCCGAGGGCAGCAGCAAGCCCCACUGCCUGGGCAAAACCAAAGGCCGCGUCCACCCCAACAUCGACCCCGAGGUGGUGCAGAGGCUGCGCGACUUCUACAGGCCCUUCAACAUGAAGUUCUACCAGAUGACGGGACGCAUAUUCGGGUGGGACGAUUGAUAUGCGCCUCGUGUUGCAUCUGCGGGAUUACUUCAAAAGGAACUGAACAAAAUAAUAUUAAAAAAAACUGUUGCACUGUCCUUACCACAAUCAGAAUAAGCACUAUGUCUAUGACUAUGAUGAAGGAUGUGAGAGGCUUUGGGUCUGUGACAGGGGGGAUGUGAGAGGCUCUGGGUCUGUGUCAGGGGGGAUGUGAGAGGCUCUGGGUCUGUGUCAGGGGGGAUGUGAGAGGCUCUGGGUGCAUGAAUGCAGGGAAGCAUAUGCAACGCAUCACUGUUCCAAUUCCAAUGAUCAUAAGAUAUGAAACCCUUCUCUCCCCACUCCCUUCAAGCGUGGCCAGCCUCUUAUUCAUGGGAAUAGACACCGAGUUGAAAGGAGUGUGUUUCAGUGUGUGU